GAAUGACUGGUUAUUAUAGAGUCACAUGGUUGGUGGGUUGCUAUCAAGUAGCUGUGAGAACAUUAGAUAAGUGGCCAUACAUGUGUAGAUGUUUUAUCUUUAUUCCCGUGGCUCCUCCCCCUCUGUAAGCCCCGCCCAUCAUGUUCCCUCUCACUUUCUCCCUAUUUCAGGCUCUGGUCUCUCCCAUUAAACGCCUGGUUUUUCCCAAAUCUGCGCGCCGUUCGGCAGUCAGACCCAAUAGCUACCGGCGGCCCCUUCAUUCUGUGCCUGUGAUGCCCCCAGACUUUCUCAUCGACCCCCAAAUCCUCCUGCACGAUUACGUUGAGAGGGAAGUGAAGUUCUUGGGGCAUCUGACGUGGGUCGUCUCCUCCCUGAACCCUUCCAGCCGGGAUGAGAUUCUGCAGCUUCUGGACACAGCGAGGACCCUGAAGGAGCUGCCAUUGCAUUGCACUCCAGAGCAGGACAGUAUCCUCAGCAUGUCGGCCCGCAGCCUCCUGCUCACCUGGAGGGACAACGAGGAGCUGAUCCUGCGAAUCCCGACCCACGAAAUCUCCGCCGCCUCCUACGUCCGGGACGACGCUCUGCACCUGCUGGUCCUGAAAACCGGGCUUGGGCUGGACGCCGUUCCGGCUGCAGGGAGUCUGGAGAGAAAGCCACCGGCAGGGCCAAGUGAGAGAAGCCAAGGAGGGGGCAACUCUGGACACCGGCCAGCAGGGGGAGCCAUGGAGCGGAGACACACCAUCUGCAGCUUAGACUGGAAGAUGUCUCGUGGAUCAGUGGAUGGGCGGCAGAAAGGUGGCGGCAGCUUAGAGAGAAAACCAGUGACCGGCAGUUGGGAGAAGAGACAUGGAGGUCCAGCCUGUGGGGGCAGUUGGGAGAAGAGACAUGGAGGUCCAGCCUGUGGGGGCAGUUGGGAGAAGAGACAAGGAGGUCCAGCCUGUGGGGGCAGUUGGGAGAAGAGACAUGGAGGUCCAGCCUGUGGGGGCAGUUGGGAGAGAAGAAUGACCUUCAGUGGAAGCUGGGAGAGGAGGCAGCCCUGUGGGGGCAGUUGGGAGAGGAGGCAGCCCUGUGGGGGCAGUUGGGAGAGGAGGCAGCCCUGUGGAGGCAGCUGGGAAAGGAGAAACGUGGGGCAGAAUCCACUGGAUCCAAAGGAGCCCGACCCAGGGGCUUAUUGCAACCUGAUCAUUCUGGCUGUUGAGAACAGGGACGCUGCUGAGGAAUCCUGCGCUCUCAUUUGUCAGGUUUUCCAGAUCAUCUACGGAGAUCAAAGUAUCGAGUGUGUCGACCGCGCCGGAUACCAUUACACUUCCCCCCCCGAGAGGCCGUGGCUGUGCCGCUGUGAGAGCUCCCACACCGACGGGACAUUCGCAUACGAUGGCGACUUCAGCUGCUGCAGCUCCUUUAAUGGCUCCCAUGACACCUUUGAAGUGAACUACAGUGGGGAAUCGUCGCCCCCCUAUGCCAUGUCGCAGCAGAGCCUGGCGUCGGGGUGCAGUGGCGCAGAGGAGGGCAACGUGGCGCUGGAGCAGCUACAGGAAUACUUGGCCACGCUGAGGAACAAAUUGACUCCCAUGGAGAUACAGAGGUUUGCAGCCCUCCUGCGCCAGUACCGGCUCGGAAUGGAGGUGGCAGAAUAUUGCACCGACUUGUUACAUCUCUAUGGGGAGAGCCGCAAAUUCCUGCUUCUUGGUUUGCGCCCCUUUAUCCCAGAUUUAGACAUCGGAUACUUUGAGAGUUUCCUGGAGAACAUUGGGAUCAGAGAGGGCGGAAUCCUGACGGACAGUUUUGGCAGAAUUAAGCGCAGUAUGAGCAGCACUUCGGCCUGCGCGGUGCGUAACUAUGACGGCUGCUCGCCGGGCUCCCAGUGCGAGUCGUUUCACCGCAUUAUUAGCGACAUUACGCAGAACAUCGAGGCUCUGGCGCAAGACGGCAGCGAUUACCUAUGACCCGGGGGCUUUAGGAGCAAAAGGGGCUGAACCCCGAGACAGUUACUGGGGGUUCAGGAACAACAUUACACCCCCCCCCCCUGCUGUUCCCACCGCUCAGGUCGGACUCUGCAGCUUGUACUGAACUACAUCUCCCAGCAUUCCCCAAGGGCAGAGUGUAGUUCAGCAAGCUAUGCCAAAGCGAAGGAUUGUGGGACCCCGGCCUCAUACAGAAACACCUAAUAGUUCCACGUACAUCCGGGGCCACAGCUCCCACAUGUUACAUGUUCUAUUUGCUAUGGUAUGUGCAUGUAGCAACCAGUUCCCCAAGCACACCCAUAAAGCGUCUGACACAGGCAAGAACCUAACCUUGAUAAAUAAAACCAUGUUUAUUUACACCAAAUAGUUCCAACAUUAGAUCUGUCACAUGUGAAGGAGAAAAGCAUUUCUGUGUUACUGAGACAGCUCCUUGCUGGGGGGGGGGCAGGCGUGGAAAAUUAAAAAGAGGGGGAGAGAGACGGGGGGGGGGGGGUGCAGUUAGAGGGGCGGAGAGACAGGAAACAUCAGGUCUUGUCCAUGAAGGUGAGUGAGGGGCGGUACCUCAGCAAGCCGCCUCCCAGCAGGGAAAGGGGUGGGAAUGUCACAGGGACACAUGGAGGCAGCGCCUAGCUGUAAGGGCAAGAAGUAGUUGGGGUGGCAUUUCUGGGACAGUAACAAGAAUCGGGUGUCUAGUCCCUCCCAGAAUGGCACAUUGGGGCGGGGGGGGGGGGGGUAGAAAAGAACCUCAGCUUGCCCCAUCAUGCAGAUCUCAUUGCAGCCCGUGUAUGGCUCAUCCCACACAGACAGGCCUGGCUUUGGUUGGGGUAAUAAGGGCAACACUAAUUCCAUCAAUGCACCCAAUUAAUUGUGCCUUCCAUGAGUGACGGGGGGGGGGGGGG